UGUUCUCCCGACCUGAAGAGGCGCCGUCUUCCUGGGUCCCGAGCACUCUGUGCCGGAGGACUCUGCCCUUUACUACAAGGAGAGCACACAGGAGGGAAUGGCAGCUGUGUCUCCAACUGACAGAUGCCAGGAAUCAGUGACAUUCGAGGAUGUGGCUGUGAUUUUCACAGAGGAAGAGUGGACGCAUCUAGUCCCUAUUCAGAGGGACCUCUACAAGGAGGUGAUGCUGGAAAACUAUAAGAGCAUUGUCUCAUUGGGACUUCCAGUUCCUCGACCUGAUGUCAUUUUUCAGUUGAAGAGAGGGGAUGAGCCUUGGAUAGUUGAUCUUCAUGGAUCUGAGGAGAGCGACUGUCCAGAGACUAUCUCUCUAGACUGGGAGACCAAGCCUGAAACUCCAGGUGCUUCGGAAGAAGAAUCAGGAGGAACAGUGAGGGAAAGACUUGGAAGACAAGGUCCUCUGUGUCCUAAAUCUGAAGCUCAUGCCCUGGAGAGUGACUUAGAAACAGGGAAGAAAAGCCCUGCUGUGCAGACCUGCAAGAAGUCCCUUUCCCAGAAGGAAAAUUUGCAGCAAGGGUCUACCCCUCUCAAGAAAAUUCUCACUAAAGAGAGAGACCAGGAAUGCAGCAGCUGUGGGAAGAGCUUUUUUGACCACUCAUCCCUUGUUCGCCACCAGAGGACUCACACCGGAGAGAAGCCCUAUGACUGUCACCAGUGCGGGAAAGCCUUCAGUCACAGAAGCAGUCUCAGUAGACAUCUGAUGUCUCACACCGGGGAGAGCCCCUAUGAAUGCAACGCGUGCAGGAAGGCCUUUUUUGACCGGUCGUCCCUAACUGUCCAUCAGCGAAUUCAUACUGGAGAGAAACCCUUUAAAUGCAGCGAGUGUGGAAAGGCCUUCUUUGACCGCUCGUCCCUUACUCGACACCAGAGAAUUCAUACUGGAGAAAGUCCUUAUGAAUGUAAUCAGUGCGGGAAAGCCUUCAGCCAGAAGAGUAUUCUGACCCGACAUCAGCUCAUCCACACCGGCCGGAAGCCUUAUGAAUGUAAUGAGUGUGGGAAAGCCUUCUAUGGCGUCUCAUCCCUGAACAGACAUCAGAAGGCUCACACUGGCGAGCCUCGCUAUCAGUGCAGCGAGUGUGGGAAAGCUUUCUUUGACCGCUCAUCCCUCACGCAGCAUCAGAAGAUUCACACUGGAGACAAGCCCUAUGAGUGCACCGAAUGUGGGAAAGCCUUUAGCCAGAGAUGCCGGCUUACGCGACAUCAGAGAGUGCACACAGGAGAGAAACCCUUCGAAUGCAGCGUGUGUGGGAAAGUGUUCAGUUCUAAAUCGUCCGUCAUUCAACAUCAACGGCGUUAUACAGAUCCAUCAUUUGAGCCCUCUACACGUUCUGGCUACUACGCUCCUUUUCCAUCUCUGCUACCACAGUCUUUUAGGUCGCUUCUGCUGGGCCGCUGCUACUACUACUGCAACUACUACUACUACUACUACUACUAUUACGAGCUAAAACUCAUUGAGCUCUUACUGUGCCUGAGGAGAGUAGAGAUUACAAAUAUCCUGGAGAACUGGAUGGAAAGCUGCCUAAGAAACCGAGGCAUCCGCGGUAGGUGUCGGCCUGUGGCGGGCGAACAGGACCAGGAGACAACUGUUGUUCUUCAUUCGUCGGCUUCCCUUCAUUUUUACUACAAACGUCGCCUUCCACCUCUUGAACGACGCCCGCAACUACCCGGCUGGUACUUCAGGAGGCGGGGCCUCCGGGUUUCCACUAUCUCCGAGGCCUCUGGGAGUGGUAGUUUUCCGAGGGCACUUUGCGCAGGCGCUCUGUGGUCCCCGCCGCUAGUGGGGCCGCCGGGAGCCGGUUGGCGCCCAAGCUCUGCCAACUCUGGCCUGGUACUUUUCCAAGAGGACAUAGAAGAGGAGAGGAUGGCAGCUGUGCCCCUAACAGCCAGAUGGCAGAAGUCACUCAAGUUUAAGGAUGUGGCUGUGAAGUUCUCAAAGGAUGAGUGGAAGCAGCUGGUCCCUACUCAGAGGGCUCUUUACAGGGAGGUGAUGCUGGAGAAUUAUCAGGGUUUUGUUUCUUUGGGACUUCUGGUUCCUAAACCUGAUGUGGUUUUCCAGUUGAAGAGAGGUGAAGAGCCAUGGAAACUUGAUUUUCAGGAAGAUGAAGAAAGAGAAGUCCCAGGGAGUACUUUUUUAGACAAGAAUGCUCAAUUUGAGAGCUGGGACUCAACUCAAAGCCAGCAUAUUUCUAAAAAAGGAAAGUUGCAAAAGACAUUAAUGAAAAAACUCAGAAAAGAUGGUCCUCUGGGUCCUGUACUUAGCUCAGAAAACCUCAGGGGCACAAAGAAAGAACAUUUAUCAGGGGAGACUUUGAAGGAAUCCUCCUGCAAGAAGGACUCCAGGCAAAACUCUACUCCUGCCAAGAAAACCGACAGUAAGGGGAGAAACUUUGAAUGCAGCAUAUGUGGGAAGACCUUAUAUAACCACUUAUCCCUCACUCGCCAUCAAAGGACUCACACUGGAGAGAAGCCCUAUAACUGUAAAGAAUGUGGGAAAGCCUUCAGCUAUAGAAGUAGUCUUAAGAAACAUCUGAUGUCUCACACUGGGAAGAGCCCCUUUGAAUGCAACGAAUGUGGAAAAACUUUCUAUGACCGAUUAACCCUUACUGAACACCAGCGAACUCAUACCGGAGAGAAGCCCUUUAAAUGUAAGGAAUGUGGCAAGGCCUUCUUUGUCCGCUCCUCUUUCACUCGCCAUCAGAGAAUUCAUACUGGAGAAAGUCCGUAUGAGUGUACAGAAUGCGGGAAAUCCUUCAGCCAGAAAAGCAUCCUCGCUCGCCACUGGCUCACUCACACUGGAGAGCGGCCUUACGAAUGCAAGGGCUGUGGCAAAGCCCUGUUCGACCGCUCCUCCCUCAUUCGCCACCGGAGGGCACACACUGGAGAGACUCCUUUUGAAUGUAAUGAGUGUGGGAAAGUUUUCUUUGACCGCUCAUCCCUUAACCAGCAUCAGAAAAUUCAUAGUGGAGACAAGCCCUAUAAAUGCACUGAAUGUGGGAAAGCCUUCCUCCAGAAAAGACGACUCACUCAGCACCAGAGAGUGCACACUGGAGAGAAGCCCUACGAGUGCAGCGUGUGUGGGAAGGUGUUCAGCUGCAAGUCAUCUAUCAUCCAGCAUCAGCGACGUUAUGCCAGGCAGGCCUCAGAAUAUCAUAGAGGUGCUCCAGCCCGGCAGGGGACCCCCACAGAGACUUAAGAUGCUUGUAUUCAAGAUCAUGAAGAUUUGUGUUUGAGUACCUUCUAACUACUGCUUAUUCUCAUGUCUCCAUUUGGCACUAGAGGCUCAAUAAAUAGUCUUAAUGGACCAUGCCAUAGACUGCCACUGGGGUGCCUCAUACUCUAUAUAACACUCCGAGGAUCCCCAAAUUGGUCAGAAGUUCUCCUGUCAAUAUGUUUUGUAAGUGUUUGAAGGGGACCCAAAGAUAAGCAUUAUGUAUUUGUAUUUAUUUAUUUAUUUAUAAUUUUUAAAAAAUUCUAGACCACCCCAUAAGAACAGGAGCUAUUUCAUAUCUUUGUGCUGCCGUGUCUCCAGUGUGAUGCCUGCCACUUAUUACAUAUUUUCUCAAUGAAUGAA